AUGUGGCGAUUGAUCUAUCUAUGUCUGCUGUUUGUUCGUGUCUAUCUGGCACUUUGUCCGAGUUAUCUGCAUCCCGAUGAAAUCUUUCAAGGUCCUGAACCAAUAGCUGGCACUAUCUUUCCUUAUCCGAGCCAUCAGACAUGGGAAUGGACAUCCUCCCAACCCAUCCGCAGCGUCUUUCCUUUAUGGCCAAUCUAUGGAUUGCCCAUGACUUUGUUGAAGUGGAUAUGGGCCCAGGAUGAAGAUGGUCUGGUCGACCCUGCUGUCAUCUACUAUACGCUUCGCCUGGUCAUGUUCGUCCUGAGUUUCGUACUCGAGGACUGGGCCGUUCAUGAUCUCGUCCGAUCCCCGAGGAACCGACGACAUGCCGUACUCCUGGUAACAUCAUCAUAUGUCACCUGGACUUUUCAAACCCAUACGUUUUCCAAUUCUGUAGAGACUCUUCUCGUUUUAUGGAGUCUGGUUGUCAUAGAGCGGAUCGUUGGCGAGAAUGUCACUUAUUAUUCUGGUCCGGCAGCUACCAAGUCUUUCCGAGCCUUGUACGAACACGUCCGCAAUGCUCCUGUAAUCACACCACUCAAUAAUCUCCUGUACAAUAGCCAGACUGGCAAUCUAGCCCAACAUGGCCUUCAUCCGCAUCACCAACAUCUCUUCGUCAACCUACCACAGCUUCUUGGGCCAGCCUUGAUCGUCCUUGUCUUUUCCGCAUACCCCUUCAACCUUCGCAUCCUAAAAACCAUGCUGAGUAAUGCACGAUUGGCAUCUGCUGCAUCUGGAACUCUUCUCCUAAGCAUCAUUCCUCACCAGGAACCACGUUUCUUGCUUCCUACGGUCCCUCUCCUGCUGAGUUGUAUACGGGUACCAACUACAAGAAUUUGGAAUCGAGUAUUCUGGAUAAGCUGGGGGAUUUUCAAUGUCAUCCUCGCUGUGAUCAUGGGCGUCUACCAUCAAGGAGGUGUUAUCCCUGCCCAACUUGCCAUUCCAUCUCUCAUCGUCGAAUCAAUCAAUUCAACCUCCUCCGAGGCCCACAACAUCGAGGUCUUCUGGUGGAAAACCUAUCCACCCCCGAACUUCCUUCUGGGCCCCACGAUAUCACAUCCCAUCACAAACCAAACACUCAACAUUUCGACCGUCCCGCUCAUGGGCUACCCACAACAGGAACUCGUCUUCAUGCUGAUGCAACACAUGCCGACUUGCGACCCAAGCCUCAUUGAACGCCUCACCACACACUACGAGCCAACAGACGUCUACGUCGUUGCACCUCUGUCAGCCUGGCGACUCCACGACACCUACCCGCCCGUGUCCGACUUCAGCUUCUCCGUGACCUUCAACCAGCCACCUGCACAGCUGAACAUGCACAACAUCGCCACGUUCAGACAACACGUCAACCUUGACGACAUGGAUUUUGGGGACGACGGGGUGAGAAACACGCUUGCGCGGGUCAUUGGGCGCAGAGGCCUGGGCGUUUGGGCUGUCCAUCAAGCUUGCGGUGCGCAUGAGGUCGUCUAUGUGCAGGAUGGAGUGGUCAUCGAGCGCGAAGCUGGUGGUCAGGAUAAGAUAGCACAAUCGACGGCAAGUUCGUCUUCUCCGAGUCAGAGCGGUGAUGGUGAUGUUACAACUCAUGUUGUGCCUUCCACGCGGGAGACGUCAGUACCUGGCUCAUGA